AAUGGCGGCCCGCGACACAAACGCGGCUCCCCCCGCGCCGCGCCCGGAAGCGGCGGCGGCGGCAGCGCCGAGCGGGGCCGGGCCCGGGCCGCUCCCGGGGCUCUCCCGGUGCCGCCCCCGCCGUCCCGGAGCCGUCCCGGGGCUGUCCCCGCCGUCCCCUCACCGUCCCCGCGCUGUCUCACCGCCGUGCCCACUCCGUCCCUCCGGCCGGCCCCGCCGCCGGCCGCCCCGCCCCGCGCAUGCUCCCGCGGUGCCGCCGCGACUCCAUGUGUGAGCAGCGCGUCCAGGGCACCGGAGCCGGCGGCACCGGCACCCCCGGCACGGCCCCGCCACCGCCGCACCCGCAGCGCGCCCGCCGCCCCGCCCAGCCGGCCCCGCCGCCGGGCCCGCCGCGGCUGCGGCGCGGAGGGAGCGGAGCAGCGCCCGCCGACUUCUCCCGGCUCUCGGCUCCGCCUCGCCCCGUGGGACCCCAUGACCUUCCCUGACAGGCGCUCACCAUGAGCGAGGACUCAUGCCGCACCCGCAGCCAGAAGCGCGCCCUGGAGCGGGACCCCGAGCCCGAGGGUAAAAAACCCCGCAUGGACAAAGGGAUCCCGGGAAUGCCGGGAAUGCCGGGAAUGCCGGGGUGCGACCCCGCCGACGCCGACGCCAGGAGAACCCCGGGAAUGCUGAAGGGAGGAGAGGUCAAAGCCACCAUCAAGGUGGAGCUGCCGGCCGGGGAUGAGCCCGUGGACAUGAGCACGUCCAAAGGGGAUUCCCGGCGGGAGCGGCGCGUGCCGUCCCCGGACGUGAUCGUGCUGUCGGACAACGAGCACAGUGAGCACGGGGAGCACGCGGAGCACACGGAACACGCGGAGCACACGGAACACGGGGGGCACACGGAACACGGGGCGCACACGGAGCCCGCCAGCCCCAGGGUGAACGGGCUGAGCCGCGGCCCCGAGCCCGCGCCAGAGGCACUGCUGCGGAGCCCGGAGCAGCGCGAGCGCCUGAUCAAGCAGCUGCAGGAGGAGCUGCGGCUGGAGGAGGCCAAGCUGGUGCUGCUCAAGAAACUCCGGCAGAGCCAGAGCCAGAAGGAGGCGCCGGCGGCCAAGCCCUCCUCCAGCCGCAUUCCCGCCUCUGGAAUUCCUCCCCCGCUGCUCCGGGGGGGCCAGGCCGCCUCCUCCAAGCUGGGCUCGCAGCAGAGCCCCCAGAUCGUGAUGCCCCCCCUGGUCCGAGGGGCUCAGCAAAUCCACACGAUCCGGCAGCACUCGAGCACGGGCCCGCCGCCGCUGCUGCUGGCGCCGCGCGCCUCCGUGCCCUCGGUGCAGAUCCAGGGCCAGCGCAUCAUCCAGCAGGGCCUGAUCCGCGUGGCCAACGUGCCCAACGCCAGCCUGCUCGUCAACAUCCCGCAGGCGUCCCCCACGUCCCUGAAGGGCUCGGCGGUGCCGUCGGGCCAGGCGGGCGGUGCCGCGGCGGGUGCCACAGCCCUGGGUGGCACCGGCGAGGCGCCGGGCAGCCGGCAGGCCGCUGCCAAGCUGGCGCUGCGCAAGCAGCUGGAGAAGACGCUGCUGGAGAUCCCCCCGCCCAAGCCGCCCGCGCCAGAGAUGAAUUUCCUGCCCAGCGCCGCCAACAACGAGUUCAUCUACCUGGUGGGGCUGGAGGAGGUGGUGCAGAACCUGCUGGAGACUCAAGGGAAGGUGGCAGUGGCCGUGUCCUGCCGGGAGCCCUACCUGUGUGCCCAGUGCCACACGGACUUCACGUGCCGCUGGCGGGAGGAGAAGAACGGCACCAUCAUGUGCGAGACCUGCAUGGCGUCCAACCAGAAGAAGGCGCUGAAGGCCGAGCACACGAACCGGCUCAAGGCCGCCUUCGUCAAGGCCCUGCAGCAGGAGCAGGAGAUCGAGCAGAGGAUCCUGCAGCAGGCGGCGCCGCCCGGGCAGCCCAAGGCCGAGCCCGUGGGGCAGCACCACGCGCUCAAGCAGAGUUCCAGCCAGAUGUCCCGGGGUGCCGGCGCUUCCCGAGGGGUCCUGCACGCCUUCAGCCCCUCCCCGAAGCUCCAGAGCUCCUCGGGCGGCGCCGCCCUCGGGGGCCGGCCCGGAAAACACUCGGAGAGAUCCGGCAGCAAGGGCGGCGCGGGCGCCUGGAAGAAAAACCCCAUCAGCACAGGUGGGGCCCUGCCCUUCGUCAGCCCCGCCCUGGCCGUGCACAAAUCGGCCUCGGCCGUGGACCGGCAGCGCGAGUAUCUCCUGGACAUGAUCCCGCCCCGCUCCAUCCCACAGUCGGCCACGUGGAAAUAAUUCCCGAGGGAGGACUUUUCCAAGGCUCUGCCAUCCGAUUUUUUUUUUUUUUUUGGUUUUUUCUGGUUUAUUUUCUACCACAAUUCCGUGGAAUCUGCUUUAAUCCCAGCUGGAUAACGCCCCGAGGCUUUUUAGGAUGCAACAACAACACCACCACUCCUCAUCCGUCCCUGCCGGGAGAAGUGACCGCGUUGGGGUGGCCGAAUCCCGGCUCCGUUGGCUCCCAGAUUUUUCAUGGAAGCUGGCAGGGAAAAAAGGGGGAAGAAUUCCUUUAAAAAAAAAAAAAAUUCUUUUUUUUUUUUUGGCUUUUUUUGCCGUAUUUAGUUUUGGAAAUUUUUUUGGCACCAGCACAAAAAAAAAGAAAAGAGAAAAAAAAAAUAAAAUAAAGGACUCAGCGACUCCUCUCUGCCUUCGCCAACGCCGAACGUUUCGCCGGGAAUUCCGGAAUUUUGGGGGCGCGGAGAGAGGAAUUCCAGCCCCGAUCCUGCGUUCAGUGAGCCGAUUCCAUGGCUGCUCCUUUUCCCUGCUCCUCCUCCAGCCGGGAAAGCAGGCGGCACAUCCCGAUAUUCCCGAAAUUCCGACGAUUCCGUGAAAACAAACAACAACAAAAGUGCAAAUUCCCGAUUCCGGUUGAGUAUGGUUUGGUUGGUGUUUGGGUUUUAUUUUUCCUUAGGGAUCGGCUGCCGCCCCAAACUUGGCUGGGAAGUGGGAAUUGCUGCGGGAGAUUCCCACUUUUUUGUUUUUCCCUGGAUUCUGGGUGGAACAGACUUCGGAACCGUUGGGACUUUCCAAACCUUGCAGUUCCUGAGAGACAAAAACCACCCCGGUUCUUUCUCAUCCCGUGAAUUUUGGGCCUUCCCGACGUUCCCAGAGACUCCAAAGCGAAACUUUUUUGGGAAUUUUUUUUUCCUUUGGGAGGGUUGGUCGGGUUUGAUUUGUUUUGGGUUUUUUUUUUCCUUUUCUGUCGUUGUUUUGAGGGAUAUUAUUCCAAAAUUUAUAGGAAUUGCAGAAGCUGAUGCAGGCUUGGGAGCCGUUCCCGAUUCCCACCGGGAAUUCCGGCCGUUCCCAACCCUUCCCUCCGUGACUCGAGUUCUUCCAGGCAUCCCAAGCAUGCUCCUGUAUCCAUUUGGGAUGGAAUUUUCCAUCUCUUUUUUUUUUUUGGGAAUUCCAGAGGUUCAACCCAAAACCCCUCCGGGGCCAGUUUGGUUUCAUUUUGGUUUCUCAUCCUCUUCUUCCUUGGGCUUCUUCCCGAAUUCCAGACGAAUCCACGGGGCAGAAUUCCAGGCCUUAUUCCGGCGAUAAGAAUUCUUGGGGAAAUCUGGGGGGAUUUUCUUGGGGAAAUUAUAAAUAUAUAUAAUCUAGAGAUCUAUAUAUUAAAAAAAAAUAAAAAUAAAAGGGGGAGAGAGGGGAGAAAAUUCAGGAAAAGCCGAAUUUAUUUUCUUAGGAAUCGCUGAAGCCAAGAAUUCCUUUGGGAUCCUCCCUUUUCCCAGCAUUUUAAUAUUUAGGGAUUUAGCUUAAGGAAAAUAAAAGAAACCACCCUCAUUUUCCAAACUGGGAUUUGUUGGAUAAAACCCCCGGAAUUCCCAGCUGGAUGCGGAUUUUCGGGGGGUGUUUUCCGUAGGGAUGUGAAGAGCUCAAACGCGAGAAUUGGGUUGGAAUUUUGGAAUUUGGAGUUUUCUUUUCAUUCCAAGCUUGGAUCGGGAGAGAUGCCGCCGGAGGGAUGACGUGGAAUUCCUGAAAUUCCAUUGGAUUUUAUGGAAAAGUUGCCGUUCCUUUCCCACGUGGAAUUUUUUGGGGGGGGGGUUGGUUCCAGAGGAUUUUCCCCUCAUGGGGUGUUUUCUUUUUUUUCCUUAUGGAUGCCAACAUUUGGAAAAAGUUGAUUUAUUCCUGAAAAAAAUCCCAACAAAAUUCCUCCAAUUAAAAUCCGAUUUUUUGGGAGGGAGUGGGGAAACCUGGUUCGUUUAUUCCCAGUGUUCGGAUGAUUCCUGAAAAAAAUCAGGGAAUGACAGAGGAGCAGAAAGAUUCAGUGGGAUAAAAACGACGUCAAAACUUUUGGGAUCCCAGCAGAAUUCCCUUGGAAAUUGGAAUUUCAGCCAACUCCAGAUCGUUAAAAUAAUCAGGAAUGUCAGAUUGAAGGAUUUGGAGUUAAAAAUCCAAACAAAUCUCUGUGUCCAGCCUUCAAAAUGCUCCAUCCUGAUUUUUUUUUUUAAAGGAUAAUUCAGGAUAAAUCCCAAAAAAAACCAAAAAGAUUUGUGGGAUGGGGAAGAUUUGUUUGGAAGGGGAGGAAAAACCCAAAAUCCAACCUGGAAUGAAGCUGAAAAUCCAAAAUAUUUCAUGGGAUGGGGCUGAAACUCAAAAUUCCCACCUGGAAUGAGGCUGAAAAUCAAAAUUUCCACCUGGAAUGAGGCUGAAAAUCCAAAAUAUUUCAUGGGAUGGGGCUGAAAAUCAAAAUUCCCACCUGGAAUGAGGCUGAAAAUCAAAAUUUCCACCUGGAAUGAGGCUGGAAAAACCCAAAUUCCCGCCUGGAAUGAGCUGAAACUCCAAAUUCCCGCCGGGAAUGCGGCUCCUGGGAUCCAGCCUGGUUGUGACGUGGUUUUUCCUGGAAUGUUGCUGGGAAUGUGGAGGAUUUUGUUUUAUUCCAUCCGGAUUUCUGCCAAAUUUGGGCUGGAUCUGGGAAAAGAUUCCAUGUUGGAAUGCCAGAACGGUUUUUCCUUUCGGAGUCCCAAUUCCGUGUCCCGGUGGGUUUUUUUUUUUUUUUUGGGAUUGGGAUGGUUCAGGUUCAAAAUUGUUCCAACUCUUCAAUACAGAUUUUCCAACCCUC